GAUAACCAUAAAUUAUGUGAGGUAUAUCUGCUCGUUAAGUUCAUGGUGUUGGAUUUGAAUGUAGAAUUUUUAGUCGGUGUCAUCUUCUAGGACAGGGGUUAUUUUAGAUUGCCAGGAAAGUGUUAAGACGGGAAUAUGGUGGGUAUCCGAAUGGUACUACUAACUGUAUUGAUUGGUGCAUUGGCCUCCAGGACGUUCGGAACACCUCUUGGUGUUCACCAUAUUCUCAGACCGAUCCGUACCGACUGCUCAGUACCGGAAGCCGGUUCGAAACCUUUUUUCUACGGUACUAACAACCUAGCCUGUAUUUACCUGACACAUAUUGGGCUUCACAGAAAGAAGCGCUCUCUUCAGCUCCCCGUCCACAAUUUUGUUCAUAGCUUCAUUUACUACGAUGGCUGGUUUGCCGAGUUUGGCACUAAAGACACCACCCUUCGGCGCCACAGCCCAAAAAACGCCCACUGUGGUCCCAAAAUCAUGCAUCCACCCGCGGGGUUCUCCAAACUUCCGUUUGACUGCAUUAGGAGGUGUGCCUCCAAGUACCAUCUUGUGUUCGGACAGUACAAUCUGCUGAACAACAACUGUCACUAUUUUUCGAACCGGAUGAUGGAGGUCCUCUGUCACGAGGUCACGUGUCCUUUGUGGUGCUUGUGACUUAGGAACUUCUCUGCGGUGUUCCGGUUUAGAAGAAGCAAAUUAACUUUUACCAAAGAGUACGUGUCGUCAGUUCAGUUAAAAAAAGUAUACGUUAUAUGUAUAUCUAAUAGAUUUGGAACUUGU